AUGAGCUACGUAGAAGUGGACGACUACGAAUCAUCUAGCGAUGAUGAAGGAUUCGAGAUGAUGAGGAAGCCGGUUUUGCCGGUAGCCGACUUCACCGAAUACGAUCCCUCCGUUCCACCGCAAACCGGUGCAGAGUACCUGCGGCGUGUUCAGCUCGAAGCAAAGAAAGAGCCAAAGUUUAAGGUGGCUUCCAAUUUGGCCGAUAUCCGCUGUCGGACGCUAGCUGUUGGAAGCGGUAAUCACUUGUUCACCUCCGAAGAGCUAGACAGUGAUGAGUUCAUUCCAUCAAAGCCGCAGUUUCGCCUUUCCCAAAGUGCCACCUCUCAGGUGAUCUCCACUUUCAACAGUUUGCGUGAAGAAGUAAAAUGCCGACGAGCUGAGCACAACGAGAUGAUCGACCUGAGGCGACCUAAGAAGUGGUGGAGGAAUUACUGUCUGGUUCGCAAAGAAGCGGAAGAGACGGAUGAACAGCAAGGAGGAGACAUGCCGACUAAAAGGACGCUGAACUCGUCUUAUCAGCCACUGCUACAGUACAGCAUCAACCUGCCUCGCCUAUCACUGCUCGCCCAGCUAGACCACAGUACGAUACUCCUUCUGCUGAAGUACUUUUACCAGUGGAUUGAAGAGGAGUUCACCGUUGGCCACGGUCUGUGGGUCUACUCGCUGCUCGCCACGCUGGACACUGACGUGCAGACAGGCGACGUGUACAGUCUGUUGCGGGAGAUUGCCCGCCUCUGCAGCCGCAUCAGGCACCGAAUCGAGAUGAAGAUUGAAGGGGAAGUGGAAAAUGUGAAUGAUGACGGUGAUAACCAGAUUGAUCUACAGCAAAUAUCGUCUCUGAGCACUAUCAUCCUCUUAGUUGGACGCUGUUUCGGGCAGAAAGACCUGCUCGAUGAUCAGUAA